ACGUCACGCCUCAGUCAGUGCGUUGCCGUUGGCGAGUGCGGAAGUGUCUUUGUCUCGCGUCUUUUUUCAAAGGUGGUGGCGACCUGCUAGUGUUCCUUUCCCUUUCCCCCUUUCCCCCCCUCUCUCGCGCGUGUGCCCAAGCAAGGGGCGUGUGUUUGAUUAUGUGUGGUGCUCAAUAGUAGCCAUUAUGUUUCGGUGUAUCCCCAUCUUCAAGGGAUGUAACAGGCAUGUGGAGUACGUGGAUAAGCGGCACUGCUCGCUGGGGAGUGUGCCCGACGACAUCAUGCGCUACGCCCGCAGCCUCGAGGAGGUGCUGCUGGACGCCAACCACAUCCGCGAUCUGCCCAAGAACUUCUUCCGGCUGCACAAGUUGCGGCGGCUGGGCCUGAGCGAUAACGAGAUCUCGAGGCUGCCUCCGGACAUCCAGAACUUCGAGAACCUGGUCGAGCUCGACGUCUCCAGAAAUGGUAAGUCUCGUCUGGCUCCUUGAUCGAGGCUCGGCGGCCGCCCGUCGCCUGGUG